UUUUUUUUGUUGGAGGGAGUAAAAAAAGUGGAACCACAUCGCCAUGACAGGGAAGGAGGGAGUUGUGCUUUCAGACACUGAGAAUAAGCAGAAAUCAGCCUCACAAACCAGCGUGAACCACGGGGGGUCCCAGCAGCCGCCUCCAGUCUGGAAGAUGGCCCCCACGGUGCACCGGCGCACCGGCUUCGGGAUCCAGGAGCUGCUCGGCCUCAACAAGGAGCCGCCGGCGGCACCGAGGCGGCCGCUGGAGACUCUGCCGCACAGGGCGCACAUCCUGGCCGCCAGGUCGGCCCUCGGACACGGAGGUCUCGGGGUCGGUAUGGGUUUGCUGGGACCAGAGGGAAUACACUCGUUUUACAGCCAACCAGCCUUCCUGGAGGUGCUGUCAGAGGCGCAAAAUGUGCACCUGCAGCCGCUGCACAGAGCGGCGCACAUGGACGCACAGAGGGACGCGCAGCACUCCGCCAGCUCCGAUUCUGAUGAUGUGAGUCUUUCUUCCGGCGAUCAAAAGUUCUCAAAAUCCUCCAUGAGCCAGAGCAAGAAGAGAAAGAAAAGACGACACAGAACCAUUUUCACUUCCUAUCAGCUGGAGGAGCUUGAGAAAGCUUUUAAUGAAGCUCACUAUCCAGACGUAUACGCCCGAGAAAUGCUCUCCAUGAAGACCGAGCUACCAGAGGACAGAAUACAGGUGUGGUUUCAGAACCGCAGGGCCAAGUGGAGGAAGAGGGAGAAGUGUUGGGGUCGCAGCAGCGUAAUGGCAGAGUACGGCCUGUAUGGAGCCAUGGUCCGCCACUCCAUCCCACUGCCCGAGUCCAUCCUCAAGUCAGCCAAGGAGGGCGUCACAGACUCUUAUGCUCCGUGGUUACUAGGUAUGCACAAGAAGUCCGUGGAAACCUCGCACACCUCUCCUGGAAAGCCCAGCAGCCUGUCACCACCACCGCCACAGCUACCACCACAGGAGAAACCAGAGGACAUAGCGAUGGAGGAAGAGAAGGAGAAGCAGAUGAAAGACACUAGCUCAGCAAUUUCUAAAGAGGAACUGAGGGAGAACAGUAUUGCUGCACUGCGAGCGAAGGCGCAGGAGCACAGUGCCAAGAUGCUCGGGACAGUUUCUGACAGAACGAAUAGUCACGUAACACACAAAGAGGAAGUUGAGGACAAGGUGGUGGAGCAGGAGACGGCAGAGGUGGACAGGAGUAACUGAAAAUAAAAAAGGGGCCGCGGGAUACAGACUGAUGGUGGAACACCUGCAAAGUGGAGGUUGCAAACAUUUCACAGAGGCAGGAGACUUUUUCAUUGGUUGAGUUGCACCUUGGUGCACGUGGAGUCACCGCUUAACUUCAUCCCUGCAGAACAGAUAUUAUAAAUGUGAGAAAUGAUGAGAAAAAGGUUCUUUGGCUCCAACAAUUUGACCUUAAUUAACUCAACCAAUGAGAUUAUUUGUGUCGCUGCUCUUAGAAAUAUUUGUACAGCUAACUCCAAACUACACAAUACCUUUUCAUUUCACCUUGUGGAGGAGAGUCAUCGAGGCUCAAGCACGGAAAUGUUUCCACUAAUAUUUAUCGCAGAUGUUUUGAUAUGGAGCCGCAUUAAAAAUAUAUAUAUAUUUAUUUUCUUUAAAACAGAUUACAGUUCUGUAACAUGGCAGCUACUUUAUGCAACAAUGUGGAUAAAGAUGGUUUUGGAAAAGCAAGCAUUCGGUUGACCCUGCUCCAGAGGGUGAUAUUAAGGAAAUAACUGUGACCUUUAACCUCCUUGUGAUGACUCAUUUCAGUUGGUAACUGAAAAGUACAGUUGUGUAUUGUGUCCUGUGAAAAGGUUACAAGCCUAAAAUCUUUUGUUUUCUUUCAGCUGUUGCAAUAUUUGUGAUGUACAUAGUGAAAAUAAUGUCCAAUAGUUAACACUGUACUAUUGCGUACAGUUAAUACUGAUUCUCUGUGUUUGUCUCUGUAUAAAUGUAACAGUAGCCCAUAAUUAAAAGUUACUGAUAUUUAAAGCCC